CAAGGUACUUAAAUUUUGUUAAUAAUGCAAAAGUUGUUGCUAGUGAUUUCGUUGCUUGUAGGUUUUCUAACUUUGUCAUCGUCACAAAGCUUGGAUCUUUUGGUGGAACCGGUCACAGUAUCGGCUCUGGGCCGAGUGGCUAAAAUCGGCGAAUUAUACGAUGCUCGUACUGACCAAUUUGUGCGCAUAUCUUUAAUGACCAGCGUUCAGAAUGCCAGUCAAUUUAUUCAUUUUACGCAUAACAAACAUUCGAACAUUAAAUAUUUAAUGCUCGACACACUGGAUGAAAAACUCAACAUUUUAGAUGUUGGAGCGUCAGCUAAGCUUAGUAUUCUGGGCGGCUUGGUUCAGGCGAGCGGAUCGGGUAGAUUUAUCAGCGAUAAAAAGCGUCGAACGGAGAGUGUUAAAGUAUCCAUUGCAAAUUUGAUCAAAACCGAAUUCGAGCAAAUUAAUCUUGCCGGACACGAGGAACGAAAACUAAUCGAUUUGGAGGUGUUACAGAAGCUGGAUGUCACUCAUGUUGUCGUUGGGAUUCAAUGGGGAGGUAAUGUUUUCAUUUCGGUCGAAGACAGUAAUUCGGCCGGCAUGGACCAGCAAAUUGUGAAAGGCAGUCUUGGUGGCAAAUUGGAAAUGUUAUUUGCAUCCGUGUCAUUGGACGGAAGUGUAUCGCUGACGGAUGAAGAAUUGCGGGAGUACCGUGAAUUCAGUUUUGAGGUUUACGGCGACGUGCUGCCAGAUAAUACGCCAGCAACUCUUGCUCAAGCUGUUCAAUUGAUGAAGAAUUCGUCACGAUUGCUAACUGAAGGCAACGAUGGCAAAGGAAAGGCAAUGUUCUUCGAACUCUUGCCGAUAUCAGUGUUUCGUCAACUGUUCAAUACUCAGAUACUAUUCGAUUCGGUUUUGCGAUCGAUUGACUUGGCAACGAUUAAUUCCAGCAUCAAAUUAUUUGAAGAUUUGAAUGUUGUGGAACAAAAAAUAAAUGAUCUAAUGGUCGAUCGAACGGCAUUCCAAAGCUAUAUCACCAAAGAGAAGUCCGAUAAUAUCACUGCAUUUGUCAACGAUUUCGAAAUGUACAAAAAUCAAAUUCAACAAAAUUUUGCGGAAAAACUUGUGGCUGUUAGAUCAGGCAACGGUUCGCUGGACCAACUGUUGAUUGUUUUACAACGGGCUCGUUCCCACGAUCUGUCUCCACAAAAUAUUAAUUUUGACCAAUUUAAGUCAGUCGAAACCGAAUUCCGAUUUUUGAAGCUUUUGCAAGACAUCGAUGUUGUCCUGUUGGCAAAGGAGAUGACUUUCAUGGAAUUUCUGUCCGUUAACUUUAACAGGAAUAUUUACACGUUCUUCUACUCAUCGGAGUAUCCCACAAUGAUGGAACCACCGAUGGCCAAUUUCCGACACAUUGUCCAGAAACGGGAAACAUUCGAUCCGUCGGCUGUAUUUUUGGCCAUUAAAAUCGAUGUGCUGAGCGAGACAGAGCGACAACUUUAUUUCAAUUUUGAUGGAUCGACUAAGUUAGCAGUAUAUCGAAACGGAAUUUGUGUCAUAGAAAAUUAUGACAGUACAGAAGCCUUAGACUUAGAUGACGAACCGGAUUUAUGGUCGCUCCAUAAGAUGCAAACAUUAAUCAAUGAAUUGAGAGAGAAAACGGAUAAAUUGGCACUUCCGGAGAAUUUUACCUACGUCCAAUAUCCGCACACACCCGAACCCAAAGAUUUGUGGUCUCAGUAUAAUUGGACGGAAAUUACCUCUUCAUUCUCUGGUGCAUUUUUUAGAGCAGAUGAUGAUAGCAAAACAUUCCAAAAAGGCGUACAAACUGAAAGUUUUCCGAUGAUAACUACCGCGGAAAGAGGUCUCUUCUCGGCAAAUAGCGGUGAUACAAGAUCGAUCAUCUCUUUCUCCCGUGGCAAACUUACCGAACCAUUGUUGACUGGAAUAGAUUAUAGAGCCGUAAAAACCGCUCAACGAGCUAUUCGCUUCUACACGUCGGAUAACGUCGUAAGACCAAAGCAUAUGACUGUAAAAUUUUGGAAGAGGUCGUAAGACAAAUAAGGAAGGAUAAAACAUUGUGGGAAUAAAACAAUUUUUUGGAAAAAUA